UGGCAGCUCACUCGCAGCAAGUGGCAUGGCAACAACAGCGCUCUCCAACACCGCACGAUUUCUACCCGAGAAGGUGUGCUGAUUUUGUGAUUAAAUUCCCGAUUUCUGUCGUCCAAAAGUGCCGUACAAGAAUGUUUUGAACAGGCUGCAUAAGCGAAAAUCCAACGCCGACGAAAAAAGCCGAAAAGUGCAUGAAAAGCACAAAGAUCCGAACCUAAGCCAACCAUUUUUUUAACCAGUGUGUCGUAGUGUCCAUCGUGUGCGUUGGUGUUGGUUCGUGCGUGUGCGUGUCGGUGUGUGUAUGUGUUCCGUCGAAUCGCGAAAUCGAGAAUAUAGAAAGAUGUGCUCCAUUCGUUGGUGGUGGUGAGCUAUAGCUAUAAAGCGAAUCGAGCGAGUAUUCCUCGCAAACCCAAAAAUCCAGCCUUUUCACCGACGCCUCCAGCUUCCAAAUCAAAGGAUUUCAACCCAUUGAAAACCCCACAAGAGCCACAAAAAUGCAACCCUCCCCGCUGCACUACUCUACCAUGCGGCCACAGGCGCCUGGAUCGCUGGUCGAUCCCAACGAGGAAGAGCUGCGCCUGGCACCAUGGUACUGGGGCCGUAUAUCCCGGGAGGAGGCAAAGAACAUACUGCAUGGAAAGCCCGACGGCAGCUUUCUAGUGCGCGACGCCCUCUCCAUGACUGGGGAGUACACGCUGACGCUAAUGAAGGAUGGCAUCGACAAGCUCAUCAGGAUCUACCAGAGGGACCGCAAGUACGGGUUCAUCGAGAAGGACAUGUUCAACUCUGUGGUAGAGAUGAUCAACUACUACAAGGUGAACUCGUUGAGCAUGUACAACAAGACAUUGGACAUCACUCUGAGCAAUCCGAUUGUGCGCACCUUCGAGGACGAGGACUCCCAGGCGCACGGGGACCUGAGUCGGCUGAGCAACGACUUCAUCCGCACUUGCCAGCACCUCCAGAGCAUCGAGCAGAAUCUAGAGCAGAAGCGGAACUCCUUCAAUGCGAUUCGGGAGAAGCUGCAGGAGAAGAAGCUGCACCAGGGCGUGUUCGGCAAUGCGGAGAUGAUUUUUCGCAAUCAGAUUAAGCUCAACGAAUCCUUCAUGAAGGCGGCCGUGGAUGGCCAAACUACGGAGGCUGGCGCCGGAGACUCCGCUGCGGCCAAUGCCAACACACGCCGCAGUCUGCAGGAAACCAAAACGAGCCUGCUUAAUCUGCUCCAACUGCUCCAGUCCAAGGGCCAAGAGCUCAACCAGUACAUGGAGAAGAAGAAGACGGAGGAGCUGCUGCUCGAGCGACAAAUCAACUCCCUCAAGCCGGAUCUGCAGGUGCUGCAGAUGCGCAAGGACAAGUACAUUGAGCGCCUGAAAGGCUUCAACCUCAAGGACGACGAUCUGCAGGCGAUCCUCGAGAUGGGCUUCGACAAGUGGUGGCAGCACUACGAGACGGUCACGAAUCAGCCACACAGCAACGAGACCCUCUGGCUGCUGAGGGAAGCCAAUCGCCGGAAUGCGGAGGAGCUCCUGAUGGGAUCGCCCGUGGGCACUUUCCUCAUCCGGGCGAGGGACGCGGGUAACUAUGCACUCUCGAUCUCCUGCAACAACAUCGUGCAGCACUGCAUUAUUUACGAGACGGAGAGCGGCUUUGGUUUCUCCGCCCCCUACAACAUCUACCCCUCCCUAAAGAGGUUGGUGGAGCACUACGCCACCAAUUCGCUGGAGGAGCACAACGACUCCCUGACCACGACGCUCCGCUGGCCGGUUCUGUACUGGGAACAGAACCGGCAGCUGAUCCUGACGCAGCUGCAGGAGGAGCUGGAACAGGAGCGGGAGCAGGCGGCCUCGCUAAUGCCGCCGCCGAUGAUGGGCAGUAGUGCUCCGAUACCCACGAGCCGGUCGCGGGACCACGACCAGGUGGACGGAAUCGGGAGCCACGACACGGUGACGCCCCCCGCGUCCAUUUCGCCGUCGAACUUCAGCACUUCGCAGUAGGAGCCGCGCACCCAAUCUCCCGCUGAACAAGCCCACAACCUCAGGCUAGCUAUCUAUCUCUCUAAUCCUAGCUCGCUCUAAAGCCCUAACUCUCUCUAUCCCUAGAUAUAAGCACACGCGGUUGCGGUCCAAGCAAUAGCACUGCAGCCUCUUUCGAAAGGCCCAAGUUUGAAAGGGCAAUGUCUUUUCGUUUCCCAAAAACGCCUCUAAAGUGAAACAAUUUGGUUUUAAGUUCAAAGAUAAAUCCUAGAGUCCGCUAGAAAUUUGUUCUUCAUAAGAAUUACUCAAUUUAGGUACAAUUAGGUACAAUAACUUGAAAACGUAUUCCAAGUUGUUGCUGAAAAGUCUCUUCUUACUGCCAAGAUAAUAUUUUAACCCAAACAACCAAAGCCUGUCACAAAGCUAUUUCCUUACAUUGGCUGUUUCGCUUACUCAAGUUUCGAUAUUAAAUGAUGAGACUUACAAAGUAAAACAAAUUCGAAAUGUUACACUUGCAGUGCUAUUAUUUUGGCCACCGCCGAGUAUGUACAACGUCAUAUAUAUGCUAUAUAUCUGUGUAUGAUUAUUUUUGUGUGUGAUGGAUGGCGCUGGCAGUUCAACUGCCCCCGCCUUCCCCUCAGAACCAGAAGGCUCCAGAAACAGAAACAGAAACAAAAGGAAACACAAACGAGUAAACAUUUUGGUGAUCGUGUUUGAUGGCUUGCUAGAAGCUUUUUGUGGAAGAACGAAAUUUUCUAAUUGAGGAAGUUUUCUUAUUAAUAUUACGAGUAUGGUUAAUUUUAUAUACGUAUAUAUAGGUAUAUAUAUAUACAUUUUGUAAUACUGCAUUUCGCGUGAUAAUUGAUAAGUCAAGCUAUCUGUUGUUGUAUCAAAUCCUCUCCCGGUUCCCCUCAUAAUUAUUGUUAUCACGCUGCGCGUUGUCAAAAGGGGCGGGGUAGGAUCGUGAAGAAAUUUUCUGCAUUUCUUCAGCGCACUUUGUCGUGUUCAUGUAAAUAUUCUAAAAACGAAACAAAGGAGCACUCGCUUGCGAAAGGUUUGCGAAAUCAGGUUAAGGUUUUGAUAACCGCCCCCUUGCAACCCCCCUGCGCCCCACCCCCUUGCUCUAUAUUUGUUGUUAUAUUAUGAUUGAUUUGAAGUAGUUCUAAGUGAAAUCUACGUACGUUUACUCGAUGUGAUCAGUUGAUUGUUGCUAAAAUAGUAAUUUCCCUUCAAGUUUUGUCCGUUUUUUUUUGUUCAAAACGAAAGCCUUAAUUUUUAUAAAACACACUCACACAACACAAACAAACUGAGUUGAAACAAAGGAAAAAUAUAUGUACAAAGGAAAAAAUGCGAACUUCACACACAGAUACAAAAAACAGCAACAAGCUAAACAAAAACAAAGUGCAAUCGAAAAGGUAAUAAUUAAAUUUUUAACAUUUGUUAAUUUAUAAAAGGAAAGAAACAGGAAAAAGACAAAAAGUUUCCCAUACAAAAAACCAUUGCAAUAGGCAAAACGCUGAUUAAGUUUUUACACAACUGAUGUUAAGCAUAUAAAUAGGAAUGCAUGUUUGACCCACCUGCUACGCCUUUUUUUUUUUUUUAGAAAUACUCUUUCCCAAUGGAACUCUGGUUUGCUAACUAUACUUAACUUAGAUUUGUGCAAUUUCAACGCGAAAACACGCUGCAAUCUGUUACCUUAUUUUGUUGUCUUGGAAGAAUUGCCAGAAAGAAGAGCCCGCAGUUUGGGAAAGGGUAUUUGUUUUGCUUUCUCUUGUUCGCUUGUGCCACCCUGUUGUUCUAAGCCAACUAAUAACUUCUUGAGCUUCCUGUUUGCAUUGUCCCCGAAUCGAUAUUAUAUUCGAUCGAUCCACUUACAAGCACACACACAAACUAGCGCGCCUUUCAGAUAUUUCUAUAUAUACCCACUAUUAUGUAAUUUAAUUUAACUUAUUUAACUCGUAACUUGUGUGUUUAAUUUUGCUUAAAUUCUAUGAGAUUUCGGCGGAUCUCGUACGUUGUAGUAUUUAUAAGUUUUAAAUUUAGUUUGUAAAAUGCUUUUCAAACAAAACAAUACAAAAAAACAAAAACAAAAAUAAAACAAAAAAAUAAGAACACAAACAAAAAGUAGCAGUGGAAGAUUAAAUGUAUUCUAAAUAUGAUUGAUCAAUAUCAAUUAUGAUUGAUGACAGAUAGAUGAUGACUUUUUGCCAUACAUAAAUGUUGAAUUGAAAUAUAAUAUUUGUGAAUUUUUUUCUAUCUCUGCUUCGACUCUGCAUUUUUGGCGCAGACCGAGACAAGAAGAAUUAAAAUUGAAAACAAUAGAGGGCGACGAAACUAAAUGUGAAACGAAUUGCAAAUUUGUUGUAUUUUUUUAUAUGAAUAUAUUAUAUAAUAUAUAGAUAUUUAACCGUACAUACCUAUUAAAUAUGUAUGCUCUAGAAUGCUAUAUGUUGUAGAUCUUAAGCUAUAUGUUGUAGAUCUUUAAGCGCUAACAAAAACCACAACCGAAACAACAAGAAAAUUUUUUGUAGUAGUUUUUUAAAGAAACGUAAAGGAGAGAAGAAACAUUAAAUGUAUUUGUAUUUGUGUCUAAAAGAAAUGUUCGUAAAUAACACAAACGAGAAGAAACCAUAAUAAAAUUGAAAGAAAAACAAA